UCAAACAUGGUCUACCCUACCAUGUUCUUUGACAUCAUUGUUGAAGGUGAGCCCUUGGGCCGCAUCUCCUUCGAGCUGUUUGCAGACAAAGUUCCAAAGACAGCAGAAAACUUUCGUGCUUUGAGCACUGAAGAGAAAGUAUUUGGUUAUAAGGGUUCCUGCUUUCACAAAAUUAUCCCAGGGUUUAUGUGCCAGGGUGGCGACUUCACACGCCAUAAUGGUACUAGCGGCAAGUCCAUCUAUGGUGAGAAAUUUGAUGAUGAGAUCUUCAUCCUGAAACAUGCAGGUCCUGGCAUCUUGUCCAUGGCAAAUGCUGGACCCAACACAAAUGGUUCUCAGUUUAUCUGCACUGGCAAGAAGACUGAGUGGUUGGAUGGCAAGCAUGUUGUCUUUGGCCAGGUGAAAGAGGGCAUGAAUAUCGUGGAAGCCAUGGAGCGCUUUGGGGCCAAGAAUGACAAGGCCAGCAAGAUGAUCACCAUUGCUGACUGUGGACAACUGUGA